GGUAUAGAUUAUAGUUUGUACAUAUGUAUAAAUAUAAAGUUUACAUUUCAAUAUGUGCAGAGUAAUACAAAUUCCUAUUUAGGUUGAAUUUUCGUACGUUUACAACGAUGUUAUUUUGCAUAAAAAUUCGCAGUUUAUUCAUAGUAAAAAGUAAUUGGGAGCCCCUGCGUGCGACGAAACGUUUCGAUUGAGAGUCCCCGCCAGAAGAAAACCCCUACCACGUAGGCGUGUCGCUAGGCGCACGCGUACAGAUGGUUGAGGUAUUGCAGGCGCACACGUCUCGACGAGCAACAGAGUGCUGUGUGUACACCCCCGCCCACGUAUUAUUAUUCGACUGGCCUGUAACCACGCUUCACGGCGAUCGCGAACGACCACGAGCCUCGUACAAGCUCGCACCGAGCGGAUGAUGAGUACAUUAUUCGCAGAGGAGGACACGCCGCGUCCCAUCGACAGAACCAAGUAAGAGGAAGGGUUUAAUGCGACACAAGGACGAGCAUGAUUCUGGCUGGGUCAGACCAUUUUCUGGCGGUACCUGUGGAAGCGACAGCAUUUCUGGGUGCCGUUGCUGGCUUCGUGGUUCUCCUGUUGGCCCUCUUUUUGUAUUUGUCCCGCAAGUGGUGCUUCACUCCACCAUCCGCGACCACGCUUUUUGGCGGUGUUUGCGUGCCCCUAUGCGAAUCCAACAACAGCUCCACCUCUCAGAUUACGAAGACCAUAGGCAAGGCAUUCUCCUAUUCGGACCCUGAAACUAGUUCCGACUCCGAGGAGGACGCCCUUCGUCGAUUGAAUCCACGUCCUCACCCCCCGCCAGAUACGUUGACUAUCCAAGCAGAAGAUGGACCCACCAUCGUGGAUGCUGGUACCACCUCCAGCAGCUGCACGGAAGAACACUCUCCCACCGAUCAACAACAGGUGAACGAGGAUCUAAAUCGCGGAUACGCGAUUUCUACGUUUCGCGAUCGAAUAUCAUAUUUUCGAUCUCGUCGGCGGUGCGUAGUGGAAGUCGGUGCCUCCAGUAUCCUGCUCGACACCAGAGAACAGGAAGCGGAGGUAGAACAGAAUGGACCGACGACCAAUGACGUCAUAGCGACGAUAGGCACGGUAGCUGAGGAAGUGGGUAGCCUGGAGGUUGCUUUCUUGUAUGACGCACCCAUGCGAGAGAUGACGGUACACGUGUUGCAAGGUAGAAAUUACCCCGAGGGUAUAGGCGGCAGUCAAGUACGGCUGGUACUUCUGCCGUCGAAAAAACAACGACGUAAAACCAGGGUUCGCCAGGGCACGUCUCCACAGUACAUGGAAAGUUUCCUCCUGCCUCGCGUGAACCCUGAGGACGUGAAUGCCAUGGGAGUACGCUUGAGAGUCUACUUAUGGGGCGGAAGGAUGCGUCGAGAGAGACUACUAGGCGAGGCCAGAGUCUCCUUCGAUCAAAUCAACCUUCAACUUGAGACGACUCUUUGGUUGACGCUGCAACCUCCACCUUCGUCCUCGGUGCAAGAUUGGGGAACCACCAGUAGCUUGACUCGCAGCGAUUCCACGGGGUCUCAACAGUCCGUUCAGUCUUACGCGUCGCCCACCGUGCCCCCGUACGGUAGUAGUAUGAAGGGUGGAAGCGUGGCGGAGAUUUUGAUAGGCUUGGCGUACAAUGGAACGACGGGACGUCUGUCGGUAGAAAUAAUCAAAGGAUCCCACUUUCGUGGUGGCGGUGGGAACGACACGAAACCGCCUGAUACAUAUGUCAAGCUUGCCCUCGUGGACAGCAAUGGUCACGAAAUGGGACGGUCGAAAACUGGUUUGAAACGUGCUCAGCCCAAUCCUCUUUACAAGGAAACGUUCAUAUUCCAGGUUGCUCUGUUCCAACUCGGAGACGUAACGCUCUUCCUGUCGGUUUACAAUCGACGAAGAGGAGGGAUGGGGAGGAAAGGAAGAGAGAUGAUCGGUUGGCUCAGUCUGGGGCUGAACAGUUCCGGUUCGGAGGAGCUUCAGCAUUGGAACGACAUGCGCGCAGCAAGACAACCGACGCAGGUCCAACGAUGGCACUCGCUGCUGCGUCCUUGAGAUGCUCGACCAUGAAAGAGUGCCUGUUACGGAGGAAAAUCUUUUGCAUUACCGAUAAACGGUACGGUUUGAUCGAUAGAAAAUAACACGCUGUAUGGGCAGCGCGCGUUCAUUUCGCGCGUCGUGACACGACUGAUCGUUUAAUAGCAAGCCAGAAAAAGAAAACGAUAUAAGCAGAAGGCGAAGCACUUUUUAACGAGACAAACGACGGCCGUUCGAUUGGAUGCGCUGUCUACUGCCCGAACACAAACACCUGAAGUCAAUCUAUCGGAGAACCGGAGCUGUCUUGAAUUUUAUGCACAAGGGUAAUGCCGAGUUACGAAAACUCGAUCGAUAUACCAAGUACAUUCCUUUUUGAUACGCUGGACGGAGUUGUGGGUGUUUUCAACAUACAUAUUACGUAUGUAUAUCACAUAUGCGUUGAGAAAAUGAAAAACGAACGCGUACACUCACACGCAUAUCCACGGCGAGCGACCUAAGAUUUCUACCUGGAAUAUCUCCGUUGCUUUUGAUCAUACGAAGAUAUGUCUUGGGAGAAAAAUGUUUGUUUGGGGGGUGGUCGUACUAUGUUAAACGAAACAAUUGCCUCAAGGUCAUAUGUUCCGAGAUUUCAACGUCAUCAAUGUUUUUUAAAUGGAACCAGAGAUGUUCAAUACUGUAAUCUUGUAGCUGAUACAAAGUUAAAACAUGUAUAACAUGUUGACUUAUCAUUAAAAGCAACGAAGAUAUUCUAGGUACAAAUCUUAGGUGGCUCGCACUGUACAUGCACGUAUACACGCGUAUGUAGGUGGUUCGUCUAGCUUGAUCACUCAACGAGACCUUUCCUCUGGAGAUCAUAUUUUUCGAAGAGAAAUCAUUUUCGAUGCAACGAUAUCAGAAUAAAUCAGACAAAAUUCAAUCACGAAUCACGAUGGUGAUGAAUAGACUGCGGAUGUUUAUGCAUUUAUAGCAAGCAAAAAUCUGGGAGAAUUAGAAGAUACGACAUACUCUCAUUUAAAUCUCGAUUCCUUUUCUGAAGCUGUGAAAAUAUGAAUUUUCAUAUAAACAUUCACAGUGUAGCGAUGAAUGUAGACGAACCAUCAUGUAUGUACGUUUCACGAACAUCCAUUUCAUCAUCCCGAAUUAAUCGCGCACAAGUAAAAGGACCGCGAAACCGUAGCAUGAAACUCUUCGACUCGAUAUGUGCCUGAGCCAAUAACUAUGAUCAUUUAUUUUUUACUUUGUGCCUUUUACCCUUUUUAGGCCGCGUGUCCGUCGACGGAGAAUCGUCGUGGGAUACCCAGCCGAGUCGAGAUCCCAAUAUAAGAAAAACACGCGCGAUCCUCUAGUCGUUCUUUGGACGGACUAACCGAGCAAAAUGUAAACGUCAUUCUCUUUCUCUCGCUCUCUCGACUCCACGACACUUUGAUGUAUAUUCGAUUAGGCAACGCUUGUUCUUACGAGCCCAUACGACGAAUCUUGGUGUCUUAACGACGUGCGAGGUUCGAGAAUGGAUUGUCAUGCGAUGUACAGAACCGAUCCCUUAUCGAGGGCGAUCCUUGGACCGAUACUCCUCGGUUGGAGCAGAGAAGAGCAAAGACGCGAGGCUGUGAAAUUCUCGUGAUUUCUUUUUUCCGCACCGUAUUGUCUCUGUAUGUCGACUUUCUUUCAAGUUCACGCCGUUAACAGAGCCUGAAGCCAGGGUUGGGCGCCAGGGCCCUUUCAGCACCAAAGAGAUUCAAGUUUCAUGGAAAUUAGUGGCGCCAAAGCAAGGCGAUCGCGUGUUCCUGUGGCACCAUUAGUUCGCAUACUCGCUGUACACCGAAACGACCCUUGUGCCCUGCUCUGGAUUCCGUUUAAAGAUCGUUAUAUCGCGUAUCAUUCGCACCGAACAUAUUUUCUUCGUAUUAUAAAUAUACAAUUCAAGUAUUUCGUGUUUGCACGAUACGUAUAUGCGACCUGAUUAGACGAUCGAGGAGUUAACAGAUAGGCUAGGGGGGGGACGUGUACGAGAACAAAGAUUCGCAAUUCAAUGACGCACAAUAAACUCGCAAAACGCACCCCAUAAACGCAGAUGUGAUUGUAGAGUUGAUAUUACUUAACUAAAAACCUAGAAGCACACACGAUAACGCGUGGCUACGAUAAACGUAGACGAUCGUCCAUGCGUUUAUACAUUAGGGGAGAUUGUUUCAACCGGGUGACUGAUUAACGAACAAAAGAAAAACACAAAAACAGAUGCUGUGAAUCGUUCAACGCUUGACUUUUUCAAGCUUUAGCGUUUUAGGUAAUUAACGAUGAUUAAUCCAUGCUCGAACUAUUCUCUCACGUAUAACCGUCUCCUUUAGGCAUACGGAGUAACGCGAUUCUGCGGGGACUCGAAAGAAGUUCCUUUCGGUACACGCGCGCGCGCGUCAAUUUUUGGUCGAGCGACGCCUUUAGCGCCUUCAAUUGUAGCGUAUCGUUUUGCUGAAGGCAUUUCCGCUUGGUAACGCGCGGGACGAAGGAAUAGAAGGAAGAAAAACGCGCGAUCGAGUCGUUUCAAGUCUAGUUUGAUAAAUUGUAAGCGUAGCGCCAACUUUUAGCUAGCGUUUAAAAUUAGGACACUUUUUAAUUGUAUAUUGUACAGUCUGUUUAUAAACAACACGAUGUUGAAUCGGGGGAUCAGAAAAGACAUUUAUAACGCGCGAGAGAGGGGCGAGCGAGCCGUAUAGUCGUUCACGUGUCGUCGACGAGUGGUUACGCGCGGGAACGGAUAAAUUUUCCAUGUAUUUUCGGAUCGGAUGCGUGUACUUAAUUAACGAGUAGGGCUUUUCCAGGGUAAUUCCUAUGCCUUUGACUGUUUCCAGUUUGUUACAAUACUAGACGUAAUGGUAUCAAAAUAUCUUGAGGCAAACGAUAGAAACUUCCACUUCUCGUGGAACGAUUAUACUUUAGAUUACGAUCGACUGGCUACUCUAGAUCACACAGAGUAAUCAGAGUAACGGAUAGACAUAGAAUCUAUUCCAUAAGAUUCAAGGAAGCGUGACUUGUGACCUUGAGUGGCCAAUUGAUCUCGUUUCGACGCGAUAGGGAAGGCAAACAAGAAACGAUUAAAUUCUUAUUGUUAUUUAUUUUUGUGCGUGUGAAUGUAUGCGGUGAAAGAUGAAUUUUCACUACGUUAAUCGUAAUUUGCCACGUUUUUUGGUGUUUUAUUCUAUUGUGUCGCUUUCUCGAGUAUCGGGUGCUUAGAUUGCAACAAAACCGAGUGCAACAUACAAACAAAAGAAAAAUAAAAAAAAUCGCG